AUGCAACGCGCAAAAAUUCCUAAAGUUAUUAUUAUCAGUGCAGGCUCAGGAGAACUUGCUCUUUACCAUGCAUUAAUAAAGAAUAAGGAUAAGAAAGAAUUUGACGUAAAAAUAUUCAAGCAAGAAUCUAGUCUAAAAG